GCCAUUUUGAUUGCCCAUCAUUUCCUGCAAGCUCCAUGAAUCAAUGGCGUUGAAAAAAUAAUUGCGUUUCAAUGAAAGUUUAGUGAAAAUUGAGGAAAAAAGUGCAAUAAAUGUUAUGAAUUGAGUGCUACUAGUUGAGACUUUGUAGAGAUAGUGCAGGAGAAGGAGUAGGUGUAAGUUAGAUUAAGAAAAAUGUGAUAGAUGUGGGAGAAAAGUUGAAAGUGUGAUUAAGGAAAAAAAUCGAUUGCUUUGUGCAAGAAUUUCCGGACAUCUUUCUUUUUUUUUCUUCAUCACAAUGAUGGAGAUUGUGGGUGACUAUGAGUACAACAGCAAAGAUCUCAUUGGGCACGGGGCAUUUGCUGUUGUGUACAAGGGACGCCACAGGAAGAAGCCAAGCCUGCAAGUGGCCAUAAAGAGUAUAACAAAGAAGAGUCUCGCUAAGAGUCAAAAUCUCCUUGGGAAGGAGAUUAAAAUACUCAAAGAGCUCACUGAGCUGCACCAUGAGAACGUCGUGGCUCUGCUGGACUGCAAGGAGUCCCAGCACAAUGUGUACCUUGUGAUGGAGUACUGCAAUGGGGGUGAUUUGGCGGACUACUUAAAUGGGAGGGGCUCCCUCAGUGAGGACACCAUUAGGCUCUUCCUCGUACAGCUGGCUGGUGCCAUGAAGGCACUUUUCGCCAAGGGGAUCGUCCAUCGGGACCUUAAGCCACAGAAUAUUCUAUUAUCACACUCAAAUGGAAAAACCUUUCCGCCCCCGUCGAAGAUUAAGCUGAAAAUUGCGGACUUUGGCUUUGCACGCUUCCUCCAAGAUGGGAAUAUGGCGGCCACGCUAUGUGGUUCACCCAUGUACAUGGCGCCCGAGGUGAUAAUGUCCCUUCAGUACGACGCCAAGGCGGACCUGUGGUCAUUGGGAACAAUUGUAUUUCAAUGCCUGACGGGAAAGGCACCAUUCCAGGCCCAAACGCCGCAGGAAUUGAGGAAUUUCUAUGAGAAGAAUGAUGGGUUAGCACCGAAAAUUCCACCAGGUACCACGCCCGAGUUAACGGACCUCCUAAUGGGACUUCUCAGGCGCAAUGCAAAGGAUCGCAUGAGUUUCGACAGAUUCUUCAAUCAUCCCUUCCUGCAGCGUCCGGCUACGCCACAAACACCCAAAGCCCCCUCACCCCCAUCACCCAUUCCCAUGGCACCGGCAGCAGAACCCGAAAGUGCCGCCAUUGCGUCCAGCAGUCACAGCUCCGAUAAGUCAUCGAGUCAAGAGAGUUCCGAUGAUUUUGUUCUGGUACCAAAUAAUUUACCCAGUGACGCCACAGUGGUGAACUACGAGCGUCGUCAGAGUCGCGUCUCAUUGGGUGGCUCCCCGCAGGCUCCUGUGGCAUCGAGUCCACCCUCUCGACCAAGUACGUUGCCCAUUUCGGAGCCCAAACCCGUACCACAACCCAUCCGUACGGGAGCAGCUAUCCCACGAAGUCAGCCCAUCACGAUGAAGCGUUCGGAGAAUCGUUCAGGCCCGGAGAUUAGUUCCAUUUCCCCGCCAGCUGUGCAGUUUGUCAUUGGAACACCACCAGAUGGGAAACGCAGACGUUCCACAUCAGCGGGAUCCUUGUCUGAAUCACCGCAGAUAUGGAGUGAAACACCCCCUCCGCCACCGUGUACGUGGCAAGUUAGCCCCGCGGCAUCCCACCAGUCACCAUUGCGACGCUACCCCUCAGGAUCACCCGUCCUGGCGGCAAAGAUGCCCCUCAAGCUCACAAGUCAGAUUGUUUUGCCUGAUUUUGUGGGGCUCGGUGGCCCUGGGGAGCAUCCAAUUACUUUCCACGCACCCGAAUUACCGGCAGAGACAAUUCUCGAAAGGGAACACAAUGAAACGUUGGCAAAGUUGAAUUUUGUCCUCGCACUCACGGAUUGUAUUCUCGAAGUUGCGGACGCCAGAUGUGCCCCAUUGUCUGCUCUCAUGUCUGCCGAUGCACCCCCCAUUACGCCCCAUGCACCGGAACACUGCAAGCGUGCUGAACGUCUCGUGCUCCUUGUCAGAGCGCUGCACCUUCUUCGCUCGGGAAUGCAUUUGGCCCAGGAGCAAUUGCAACAAGGUCAACUAAAGCCAUCCAAUACUGUGAAGAAUGUUUUGCAGACGAUGAACAAUAAGUAUCGCUCAACGCUGUACGAAAGUAAGAAACUCAAUGGAACGGGUUUACUGAGGAAGGCAAAUGCCAGCAAUAUAACAGCCGAUAAAAUUCUCUACGAUCACGCCAUUCAGAUGUGCCAAUCAGCGGCACUUGAUGAGCUCUUUGGCAAUCCCGAGGAUUGUUUUGCGCGAUACCAAACGGCACAGAUUCUCCUGCAUUCGUUGGCGCAGAAAUGCAACAAUCCCCAGGAUAAGAUGCUCUCGUCCAAGUACAAGGAUGCCGUGGAGAAGAGAUUGUACAUUCUGCAGCAGCAGGGUUACAUCUAUGCAACGCAGGAGGAUGAAUUGGCAAUCAACUAGUUUGUAAGUGAUUGAAAAUAAAUUAUAAUAAAGAAGAAUAGAGAGUCUACAUAACACAAAAUGUAUUACGUAAGAGACAAUAUAGAAUAAAAUAAUAAUGAGAAAAAAAUAAAGCAAAACGACGAAGGGAGGAGUUGAUGAAUAUCAUUAUAAGGAAAGAAAGAAAAAAAUACCCAAAAAUGAAAUGACAAAAGUGGCAGAAAAGAAAAAAAAAAGAAUAUUGUAAAUAUUAUAAUUAUUUUAUUGCUUGAAAUAAAAUCACAAUGAAAAAUUGCUUCAUAA